GAGCAAAGGGAGUCAGUCAACUCUACGCCCUCGCGACGCGACGGUUGUUGAAAACUGUUGUAGUUUAUGUGAUAUGUUUGGUUUAUAAACUGUGAUAGUUUAUGUUAUAUGUUUGGUUGGUGACAGAAGGCGAAAAUGACAGAAGAGUCGGCUGUUAAAGUCUGUGUUCGAGUGCGUCCGCUGAUUGCAAGGGAAGAAAGUGCCGCAUCAGAGGACGCAGAGCCUGUCCAGUUCUUUUGGAAAGCUGAUAAGAAAUCUGUUUAUCAGAUCAAUGAUGGAAAUUCCACAAAGAGCUUUAGUUUUGAUCGAGUGUUCACAGAAGUUGAAACUACCAAUCAUCUAUACCAAGACAUCGCCAAGCCUCUGGUUGUUUCAUCUGUUGAGGGAUACAAUGGAACCAUAUUUGCUUACGGGCAGACAUCUUCUGGAAAAACAUUUACAAUGAUGGGAAGUGACCAUAUUCAUGGAGUGAUACCUUUGGCUGUGGAGGAUGUCUUCCAAACCAUAAAAAAUUGCCCAAAGAAGGAGUUCCUUCUUCGGGUUUCUUACAUGGAAAUCUACAACGAGACUGUAAGUGAUCUGCUUGUGGACAGCUGGAAGCGAAAGCCACUAGAAGUCCGAGAAACAAUCAAUAAAAACAUCUAUGUGGCUGACCUGACUGAGGAACUGGUUACAACCUCUGCACAAGCCCUUGCCUGGAUUAGGAAAGGAGAAAAGAACCGUCACUAUGGGAAGACCAAAAUGAACGAGCGGAGCAGUCGCUCGCACACAAUUUUCCGAAUGAUACUUGAAAGCAGAGAAAGGAGCGACCCAGCAUCAGGGGAAAAUGCUGAUGGAGCUAUCAUUGUGUCUCAUUUGAAUUUAGUUGAUCUAGCUGGAUCUGAGCGGGCAAGUCAAACAGGAGCUGAAGGCACCCGUUUUAAAGAAGGAUGCAAUAUCAAUCGCAGCCUGUUCACACUUGGCCAAGUCAUCAAGAAACUGACUGACGAAAGCCAGAAGGGUUUCACCAACUACAGGGACAGUAAGCUGACCCGCAUCCUGCAGAACUCUUUGGGUGGAAACGCUAAAACGGUCAUCAUCUGCACCAUCACUCCGGUCGCUCUAGAUGAGACCCUCAGCACUCUGCAGUUUGCCAGCACUGCAAAGAAAAUGAAGAAUGACCCUCAUGUGACAGAGGUUUCUGAUGACGGAGCGCUGCUCAAAAGGUAUCGCAAUGAAAUUGUAGACCUCAAGCGACGACUUCAUGAGGUUUCUUCAGUCACACAGACCACAGCGACAGAGAAGAAGCAACUCUCCCAGCUGCUCCAAGAAAAGGAUCAGCUCCAACGAGAACAAGAGGAUAGGAUCAGAAACCUAACCAAACUGCUGGUCACCAGCUCAAACCUGGUUCCUGUUCAAAAGAUGCCAAAACGCAGGGUUACAUGGGGAGGAAAGAUGCUCCGCUUUGCCCGUCUGUCUGAAUGUGAUGGCGGUUCAUCUGACCUUAGUUUCGCAGAAUCUUUCAAUCGGAAGAGAAAAGGCUCCAACCUAACACAGCUGUGUGAAGAUGAUGAUGACUUUGACUCUCACUGGGAGAUUCCUGACGAGCCUUCAGAUGAAAUGGACAUGAGUUCUGUGACUGAUCGAAGGUUUGGAGACAGUCCCAAAGACUUUGUGUCUCCAGACUCUAUGCGAGAGCUUUCAGGAAAAAUGUCCAACCUGGAGGCCCAGCUGGAAAUGGAGAGUCAACAGAAAGAGGAAGCCAUGGCAAAGGUAGAAACAUUAGAUGGCAGAGUGGCAGAGCUGGAACUGCAGCUGAAAACAGAGGCCCAACAGAAAGAGGAGGCCUGGGAGAAAAUGAAGACAGCAGAACUGAGGGUAGUCGAGCUGGACCUGCAGCUGCAAAUAGAGGCCCAACAGAAACAGGAGACCAUAGAAAAUAUGAAGAUGCUGGACUUAAGAGUGGUUGAUCUGGAGAGUCAACUGGAACAACAGAGCCACACUCAGAGUGAUUCUGAACAGAUGAGAAGAGAGUUUGCAGAGACCAUCCAGUUAUGUGAAACUCUGGCUUCAGAGAAGGACAUAGUGCUUUCUGAACGGGACUAUCUAAGGCAGGAGCUUGGAAUGUUCAUAGAGCAGACUGAGAGGCUUGAGAAAGAGAAAGCUGCUAUGUCUCAGGAGCUGAAGGAGAAAAGAGAGCUGGAAGAGUUCAAAUCUCUGGAAGAGGACAUCUGGAACGAGGAUAAGAAUGAGUUGCAAAAUGAAAUCUCUAACUUGAAGGCAGCAGUAGAAUCCUCACAACUUCAAUGCCUUGAGCUUCAGAAUAAACUUGAAACUCUGUCUGAGGAGCUAAAGAAGAAAACUGAAUUUGCAGAGCAGCUUCAGAGUAUGAGUGGUAAGGACUUGGUGCAGGAGGUGGCGCAGCUUCGUCGCUCUCUGGAUGACGCUGAGGGACUCAGCAGAGAUACAAAGAAGGAAUGGGCAGUCCUGCGCAGUCAAAACAUCGCUGUGGAGGAGGUCAAUGCCACCCUGACUGCCAACCAUGAGAAGAUGGAGGCUGAGGUGAACAGCCUGCGCUUUCAUCUGGACACAGAAAAGUCACGCUACCGAAAAAUGCAAAACGAUCUCCAAAAAGAGCUGAAUGUGGUAUUUGACGAGAACACCAAGCUCACCACUCUGUUAGAUGGAAAAGUCCCAAAAAAUCUGAUAGACAACAUCGAAAUUGAGAGAAAAGUGGCCCAACUGAAUAAAGAGCUGGCUGCGUCUCAUGAAGCAGAAGGAGCCCUCAGAGCACAGUUGGAGGAGCUAGCUUCAUUACAGACUCUUCCAGAUAAGCUGAAUCAGCUAACUGAAGAGCUCCAGUGUGUGCAAGCUGAAAAAGAUGCGCUUACGUCGAAGCAGAAUGCUGAUGCAGAGGAGAUGGAAAAGCUGCUCUCUAUGGUUACAUCUGUCACUGAAGAGAGAGAUCUGCUCAGGAGCGAGGCUCAGGAAAAUGUGGAGAUGAUGAUUGAGAAUCAGGGGGAGCUGAGGACAGCCCUGGAGAAGAAUCGUGAACAGAAAGAGCAGAUCAAACAACUGUUGACUGCACAAACAUCACAAAAUGAGAUUAAUGCACAGAUGGAGGAGCUGCAAACACUUGUUCAGAGGCUAACUGAGGAGCUUGAGAGUAUACGAGCAGAGAGAGACAGUCUGCUGUCUGAGAGGACGGCCGACACUCAGCCUCACAGUGAGGAGAUGGAGAAGCUGCUGUUCAGAGUGACGUCUCUCAGUGAGGAGAGAGAUCAGCUGCAGGAGAUACUGGAGGGACUGAGGCAGGAGAAGAAACAGCUCAGAGAAGAGCUGGAGGACAGGAUGGAGAUGAUGCAGAUGGAGGUUUUUACAGCCAGAGUUAAAGAGAACCUUGGAUGGUUUCAUCUGCUGCCUUCCUCACAGAUGAGGACUCUAACUGAGAAACUGAACAGCAUUGAAGCAGAGAGAGACACUCUGCUCUCUGAGAAGGAGACGGGCUGUGAGACCUCUACAGAGGAGAUGGAGAAGCUGCUGUGCAGAGUGACCUCCCUCAGUGAGGAGAGAGAUCAGCUGCAGGAGACACUGGAGGGACUGAGGCAGGAGAAGAAGCAGCUCAGAGAAGAGCUGGAGGACAGGAUGGAGACAAUGCAGAUGGAGAUGAGAACUCUAACUGAGAAACUGGAGUGCAUUGAAGCAGAGAGAGACACUCUGCUCUCUGACAAGGAGACGGGCUGUCAGACCUCUACAGAGGAGAUGGAGAAGCUGCUGUGCAGAGUGACGUCUCUCAGUGAGGAGAGAGAUCAGCUGCAGGCGACACUGGAGGGACUGAGGCAGCUCAGAGAAGAGCUGGAGGACAGGAUGGAGACAAUGCAGACUGAGAUGAGAACUCUAACUGACAAACUGGAGAGCAUUACAGCAGAGAGAGACACUCUGCUCUCUGAGAAGGAGACCAGCUGUCAGACCUCUACAGAGGAGAUGGAGAAGCUGCUGUGUAGAGUGACCUCCCUCAGUGAGGAGAGAGAUCAGCUGCAGGAGACACUGGAGGGACUGAGGCAGGAGAAGAAGCAGCUCAGAGAAGAGCUAGAGGACAGGAUGGAGAUGAUGCAGUGUGAGUUCCAGCAGCAGCUCAGCUCUGCACAUCAUUCGCUGAAAGACGAGCAGGAGGCUCAACAAGUUCUGCAGCUGGAGGAGCAUCUGGAGAAAACAAAGGAGGAGGUGAGCCAGUUGAAGUCUGACCUUCAAGAAAAUAUAGAACUGAUGAUCGAGAACCAGGAGGAGCUGAGGGUGUCUCAGGAGAACGUCAGAGUUCUACAAGAUGAGAUCAAUGUGCUGAGGGGACAACAAGCAGAACUGCAGGGCGGACAAAGCACUGCAAGUGAUACAGAGAUUGCCCUUCAGUUGCAAAAUCAGGUUCAGAGGCUAACUGAGGAGCUUGAGAGUAUGCGAGCAAAGAGCGACAGUCUGCUGUCUGAGAGGACGACUGACACCCAGCCUCACAGUGAGGAGAUGGAGAAGCUGCUGUUCAGAGUGACGUCUCUCAGUGAGGAGAGAGAUCAGCUGCAGGAGAUACUGGAGGGACUGAGGCAGGAGAAGAAGCAGCUCAGGGAGGAGCUGGAGGACAGGAUGGAGAUGAUGCAGAUGGAGAUGAGAACUCUAACUGAGAAACUGAACAGCAUUGAAGCAGAGAGAGACACUCUGCUCUCUGAGAAGGAGACCAGCUGUCAGACCUCUACAGAGGAGAUGGAGAAGCUGCUGUGCAGAGUGACCUCCCUCAGUGAGGAGAGAGAUCAGCUGCAGGAGAUACUGGAGGGACUGAGGCAGGAGAAGAAGCAGCUCAGAGAAGAGCUGGAGGACAGGAUGGAGACAAUGCAGACUGAGAUGAGAACUCUAACUGAGAAACUGGAGAGCAUUACAGCAGAGAGAGACACUCUGCUCUCUGAGAAGGAGACCAGCAGUCAGGCUUCUACAGAGGAGAUGGAGAAGCUGCUGUGUAGAGUGACGUCUGUCAGUGAGGAGAGAGAUCAGCUGCAGGAGAUACUGGAGGGACUGAGGCAGGAGAAGAAGCAGCUCAGAGAAGAGCUGGAGGACAGGAUGGAGGCUUCCACAACACAAGAAGCUCUGAAGUCAGUCCAAAAGGAGCUGUGUGAACAGAAGCAGAUCAACUCUAAUCUGGAAAAGCUGUGUCAGGAUAAGGAAUGCUCUUUAAAUCAACAGAUGAGAACUCUAACUGAGAAACUGAACAGCAUUGAAGCAGAGAGAGACACUCUGCUCUCUGAGAAGGAGACCAGCUGUCAGACCUCUACAGAGGAGAUGGAGAAGCUGCUGUGCAGAGUGACCUCCCUCAGUGAGGAGAGAGAUCAGCUGCAGGAGAUACUGGAGGGACUGAGGCAGGAGAAGAAGCAGCUCAGAGAAGAGCUGGAGGACAGGAUGGAGACAAUGCAGACUGAGAUGAGAACUCUAACUGAGAAACUGGAGAGCAUUACAGCAGAGAGAGACACUCUGCUCUCUGAGAAGGAGACCAGCAGUCAGAGCUCUACAGAGGAGAUGGAGAAGCUGCUGUGCAGAGUGACCUCCCUCAGUGAGGAGAGAGAUCAGCUGCAGGAGAUACUGGAGGGACUGAAGCAGGAGAAGAAGCAGCUCAGAGAAGAGCUGGAGGACAGGAUGGAGACAAUGCAGACUGAGAUGAGGACUCUAACUGACAAAAUGGAGAGCAUUACAGCAGAGAGAGACACUCUGCUCUCUGAGAAGGAGACCAGCUGUCAGACCUCUACAGAGGAGAUGGAGAAGCUGCUUUGCAAAGUUUCCUCCCUCAGUGAGGAGAGAGAUCAGCUGCAGGAGACACUGGAGGGACUGAGGCAGGAGAAGAAGCAGCUCAGAGAGGAGCUGGAGGACAGAAUUAAAAUGGUCUCAGCCCUCCAGGAGAAGUUGAGUGAGCAGGAAAAGUUGAACUUGCAGCAGCAGAUGCUCAGUGAAGCGACUACAACCAUCUCAGCAGACCAGCCAAAGAGUCUAGAUCAAAGCACCAGUGGACUUAAGGAGACAAUGUCAUCACGGCUGCAGGAUUCUACUGGGAAGCUUCAGGACUCCUUCAAGAAAUUCCAGCACUUUAUAGACACGUGUUCCAAGUUUAACUCGACAACCCUGGACAAGGUGCACUGUGGCGUAAAGGACUCUGAUUUGACGUUUCUACCAAAAUCCACCAUGAGUUCCUACAUCGCUGUGUCUCAUCUGGGGCUGCAGACGGCUCAGAGUUUGGGAAACAUAACGGAGCAUAUUCAGGUGCAAGCACAGGGAUACAGGCGUCUGUUUGAGGAUUUAGUUAAGAAAGAUUUGGCUGUUUUUGAAGAGAGGCGUCUGCAGGAUGUGUUGCUGUGCAGAGCACAGGCACCCUGCUACUCCGUAAAAGACGAGGACUUCCACACACUGUGGGACCACAGACUGACUGAGCUGCUCGACAAGAGGCAGAUCUACCUUCAGAAAAUGGACAGCAUUUUGGGGAAGCUCUGGGCAAACAUGGCAUUGUACCCCAGUGAGCUGUCAGCUGAUAUCCGAGACAGGGAGAGGUUCAAGGAGCAGAUGGAGGCCGUGUUAAACAACGAGCCAACCAACUUCAGCGGGCUGGACAGCAUGCUGAGCUCUGAGCUGGACCACAGAUCUGCAGUGUUACGCCGCCGGAAGACGACUCUGCAGGACAUCAUAAAGGAACAAAACGGUCCAAUUAAGGAGCUGAAGCAGCUGAAGGCUCAGGUUGAUUCUCAACUCAAAGAGGAGAGAAGCAAAAAUUCUACUCUGCUACAGACGAUGGAGGGAGCUCCUCUGAAAACAGAGCUCUCCCUGCUGAAGGACAACCAGCAACUCGUGCUUCAGCUUCAGCAAACUGAAGAAAAAGUCAAGGCUCUGCGUGUACAAAAUGAGCAACUGGAGGAAGCUCAGAUCAAAGCCAGCAGCAGGGUGUCCAACCAUAAACAGGCUACUCAGCUGCUGCAGACAGAGCUACAGGACAGCCGCGCACAAGUUGAGGAGAAAGAAGAUGUGAUACAAACUCUCAGGAGCAAACUGCGGGAGUCUGAGGCAUCACCCAGUGCUGUUGAGCUGGAAAAACUACGGACAAAACUUUUCAAAAUGGAAGUGGAAUUCAGUUCAGCAUCUGAUAAACAUGAACAAGAGAUCCAGAGGAUGACCACACUGUUGAGUGAAAAGGAAGAGUCACUGAGGAAGCUGGGAGAAACCUUGCGGAGGUCACAGCAGCAAGGAGAGGACUCGUUUCUGCAGGGUGAGGACCUUCAUGCUAGACUGACCAACCCCAGAGGUUUAGCGAUCAAGACCAGCAUUCUGAUGGAAAAAAAUAAACUGGAGGAGGAAGUCAAAAAACUGCAACUGAAAAUUAGUGACCUGGAAAGCUUGGUAUCCAGUCAGCAGUCCGAGAUUAACAAGUGGAAGAGCAGAGCCAUCAAGCUGAAGGUGAAGAGCAAGCCCGAGGUGGAGAAGCCUUCAUCACCCUGCACUCCUACCAAAAGGCCACACCCUAUGGCCUCAGACUCCUCAACCUUUCUGACUUCACCAAAAAAGAUUUUGGUUACUCCCAGGAAGGUCCUGGGCUCUCCCAUGACGCUGCGUGACUCUCCCAGGAAGGUCCUGGGCUCUCCCAUGAAGCUGCCAGACUCUCCCAGGAAGGUCUUGGGCUCUCCCAAGAAGCUAAACUCCCCAAAAAGCAGGUUCUUUGAUGUGGACGAAAGCUCUGAGCUGCUGUCCAGAACCUAUCCCAAGCAGUUCUUUGAUAACUCCAGCCUUGGGACCAUUCCAGAGAUUUCCAAUGUUCCUGAUACAACAGAUGAGGAGGAUGCAGCUGUGGGUGCAGACAGGAAGGACCUGUGGCCAAAGUCUCCAACACAAGAGGAAAUGUGCAAACAUCAGUAAAAAGUUCCAAAUGUACAAUAUUUUUAUGUCUUUGUCUUUUAAUAAUUUCUUUGUAAAUAAUAAUUUCUUCGUAAAUAAAGUUUCUUUUA